GAGUGCAGUACUGUCGAUUCCUAACUCAACUCAUUCCAGAAUUUGAAAUGCAUGAGCGGGUUUAGUACGUGAAAGCGUUCGUUUCAGUUUGCCUCAGUUCUCUGACAUGAAGCCGACGCUGUCAGCCGUCCUCGUUCUGUGCGCCGUUGCUGCAGCGCAAGCCGGAGUUCUUCUGCACGUUCCGGCCUGCCCAGAACAACAUGGCGUCCAGACCUACCCCCAUCCCGACCUCUGUGAUCACUAUUUUAAGUGCACGAACGGCACAGUGAGCCUGGAGCGAUGCGAGAACGGUCUCUUGUACGACGGGAAGGGAAAUGUAUAUGAGCACUGCAACUACAACUGGGCUGUGGAAUGCGGUAACCGGAAAGCAGACCUGACCCCGAUCAGUACACCCGGCUGUCUAUACCAGUUUGGCAUCUAUCCUGAAAGCGCUCAGUGCAGCAGCAACUAUAUCAAGUGCGCUCAUGGCGUGCCGUACCCGACCCCGUGUGAACCAGGUCUGGCGUACGACGACAAGACCCACAGCUGCAAUUGGCCUGACCUCCUGCUUGAUUUCUGCAACCCUGAAGCCAUCGUCGGGUUUAAAUGCCCCGAAAAGGUGCCCGCACAUUCGAUCUCCGCCAAGUUCCUUCCGUAUCCUCGAUUCUCCGUCCCCGGAGACUGUAGCCGCCUCAUAACUUGCGUCAACGGUUACCCUCGACUUAUCACGUGCGAAGCAGGGAAGGUGCUGGACGAGUCCACACUCACCUGCGAAGACCAGGAACUUGUGCCCAAGUGUGCAAACUUCGUGAGGAAGUAACCCAGGAGGAAGGUAACCAUCGCUGUUGUCACGCAGAAGAACAACCAUAAUAAACAAUUCAAUUCGAUUAAAAUUAAUAAAAUUAAAUACAUAAUCUACAGUAAUCGUUUAACGUCUGGUAAAAAAACAUCAACAACGUUUCUUUUUUAUUUGUUAGAAAUAAAUUGAUGCAUAAUGGAAACGCAUUUGUUUUAAGUAAGACAAUUACUGAUACAUAAAGAUGAAAUUAUUAACAGAAUGCAAGCCAAACACAAAAUUGUUCAAUAUAAGUCUAAAAAGUUGUGAUGAUGGUGUGUUGCAAUAAAUCGACUAUUACUACGGA